UUAAAACUGCUUGCGAGAAAUGCAAAUUAUGUUUUUUCUACACAUAGUUCCAUUGUUUCCCCAAACCGGUUCAUCUGAUCUGCCCAUCGAUAAGCCUGGCACUGGCAGCAGCAGAAAAUUGGAAUUGGAAGGGCACCAGCGUCCGCUUGUGGAACCCGUUGAGAGAGUGAAACCAGAAGCCAUCAAACUGGUAGAACCUUGACCACCUGCGCGAUAAAACCCUCUCCAAUCUCCCUCCUCAUUUCUCGCCAGCGCCCCCGAGCCCCCAUUUUCACCGCCAGAUUCGGUGCCGUCCGGAUCGAUUUCCUGUGCAUCUGCUCCUACACGGGAGCGGGUGACUCAGCACAACCUGCGGGCAUCUCCUCUCUGUUCUUGCAUCGAAUUUUGUUAUUGCCGACUGAACCGUGCAGACAAGUGUUUGGUGAGCGCAUGGGCGGAGGUGGAGAUGGGGGAUCAUGCGAUCUCCUCCAACUUCUUUUCGAGGGGGCCUUGGCUGGAGGAGCUGCUGGUGUUGUUGUUGAAACAGCUUUAUAUCCUAUUGAUACAAUAAAGACUAGGCUUCAGGCUGCACAAGGCGGAAGUAAAAUUCAAUGGAAAGGCCUGUAUGCUGGGUUAGCUGGAAAUAUUGUCGGUGUUCUUCCUGCUUCCGCAAUUUUUGUUGGAGUAUAUGAACCAGCUAAAAGAAAACUACUGGAAAUAUUUCCUGAAAAUUUGAGUGCUAUUGCUCAUUUGACUGCAGGGGCAAUUGGAGGGGCUGCUUCUUCUCUCAUUCGUGUUCCCACAGAGGUGGUUAAACAAAGAAUUCAAAUGGGUCAGUUCAAGACUGCACCUGAUGCCGUUCGCCUUAUUGUCGCUAAAGAAGGAAUUAAAGGACUUUAUGCUGGCUAUGGUUCCUUUCUACUGCGAGAUCUGCCAUUUGAUGCCAUUCAAUUUUGCAUAUAUGAGCAGCUUCGAAUUGGUUAUCGAUUAACGGCUAAGAGGGAGUUGAAAGACGCAGAGAAUGCAAUUAUUGGUGCUUUUGCUGGUGCCAUUACUGGUGCUUUAACAACACCCCUCGAUGUCAUGAAGACAAGAUUGAUGAUUCAGGGACAAGCAAACCAAUAUAGAGGAUUCAUUGAUUGUGCGCAGACUAUCAUGCGAGAGGAAGGUGCUGGCGCAUUUUUGAAGGGUAUUGAGCCAAGGGUACUAUGGAUUGGCAUCGGCGGGUCGAUCUUCUUUGGUGUUCUGGAGAAAACAAAAUCGGUUCUAGCUCAGAGGAAUAUCCGUAGGUGAGAGGACGAACCAAAGCUUUUGCCAUCAUGAUAAUCUCCCUAGGGCACGAGGCGCAACUUCGCCUGGCCAGAGAUUUUGGAGCAGCCCAUAUAUUAUAUGUAAUUUGUGCCAUGGAAUUGUACUUGAGAUCCUUGAGGACCAGAUGGCGCCUCGAAAUAAUUUUUUUAGGACCGCUGGCGCUACCUGCAUAUCUGUUCCCUCGUAAUUAGGUUCUCUGUCGUAUGUACGUACGUACUUUUCCGUGUGGUUGCUGUGCUAUGUGGCUGCCAACUGUUCCAACUCCUGCACGCUGUGGAAGCUCCAUUUGCCGCAGGGUGGUUCGUACGGUGGCUGUGCCUUGCUUCGUUCCGUGGAGGCUAACAGGCCCACGUCUCGUGUAGUACACCAUAUAUAACACGGCAGUGCAGUAGCAGUCGGGCAGCAAGAACACGCACUGUCGGUCGGGCCGGCGCCAUGGUUUCCUCGACGGCGCAGCCGCAGCCGCAGCAGAAGCCGCACGUCGUGAGGAGGAGGACGACGACGACGAGGCCUGCUUCGCCGUCGAGGUCAUCCCGGACGGGCUGUCGCUGGACGACCCGCCGCGCACGCUGCGGGCGCACCACGAGGCGAAGGAGCGCAACUGCCUGGAGCCGUUCAACACCCCGAUGCCGUUCGCGGCCGUGGCGGCGCGCGAGGUCGGCGUCCCCGACGUGCAGUUCUUCACGGCGUGCCGGUGCUCGGAUGCCCCGUGCUGUCUGAGCAGACGACCAACUGCCGCCAGGUGUGCGUUGCCUGGGGCAUCGGCGGCGAGCUGCCGCAGGGAGCGGGGAGCGACGAGAUCGCGGCGCUCGUGAGGGAGAUGAUGACCGGGACCAAGGGGAAGGACGCGAGGGAGAAGACGCUGCAGUGGAAGUGUUCUCUGUGUUUUUUAAAAGAGUAAAGUGCAUCUCCGGUCGUUAAACUUGAACGUUCUUGUUUCGGUGGUGUCGUCUCGGUCUUCAAUCUCAGCAAAAUGCAGAUUUACUUCCCUAAUCGCUAUUUGGGCCCAACUCCAUCCAAUUGGACGUAGACGUGCGUACACUGCUGAUGUGUCCUUGCCACCGUGCACAGUACGUGGCACUGCUGCGGGAGGUGUCAAUGGGAAACCCCUCGAGUUCUCUCUUCCCCCAUUGUCAGCCCUUUCCAUUACCAUUUUGUCUGUAGCUUUAAAAUCCUUUCUUCA